AUGACAAACACCAUUUGGUGUGUCCCGUUAGUACGAGUGGACGUUUGUACGACUGUGAAAGCCUUUUUAGACGGAGCUCUUCUUCCACGAGGCUUGAACCAUACGACCAUUACGCUAAUUCCAAAAGUCAGCGUUCCUACGUCUAUGGAUGAUCUUCGACCUAUAAGCUUGUGUCCGGCACAUGAAUUGACGCAUUAUUUAAAAACAAGACGGGAAAAUUCCAAGUUUGAGCUGGCUUUAAUGCUCGAUAUGAGCAAAGCGUAUGAACGAAUCGAAUGGAACUUUGUUAAAAAGGUUAUGAGAAAAUUGGGUUUUGACCAUCAAUGGAUUCGCUGGAUCAUGGUUUGCAUUUCCUCAGUUUCCUACUCCGUCGCCCUCAAUGAGGUGGAAAACCAUAUCAACAGAAUUAAAAUAGCGCGCCGAAGUCCUGAGGUUUCUCACUUACUAUUUACCGACGAUUCCCUUCUCUUUUUUCAAGCAAACCGCAGUCAAGCGAAGAAAGUUUCUGAAUUGUUAAGCCUGUAUUGUGACGCCUCCGGUCAGCAAAUUAACAGAAAUAAAUCAUCAAUUUUUUAUGGUCGCAAUAUACCAGUGUCUAUAAGGCAGCAGCUUGGUUUGGUUUUGGAAGUUAGAAAUUCUGGAGGUCAGGAUAAAUACUUGGGGCUUCCGGCGUUAGUAAACAAGUCCAAAGCAGAGACGUUUAAGGAAAUAAUUGUGAAAGUUCAUCAAAAGGUCAGCGGGUGGCAAGGCAAUCUUCUCUCCAAUGGUGGUCGUGAGCCCGACACGCUUAUAUCUAGAGUUUUUAAGGGUCGCUAUUUUCCUCAUGACUCUUUCCUCGACACAGAACACCGCUCCAAUAGGUCAUCGGCGUGGCAAAGUAUCCUCUGGGGCAAAUUUGUGUUAUCUAAAGGGAUUUGUUGGCAAGUGAGGUCCGGAGAUCAUAUCUUGGUCAGAGAUGACCUGUGGAUUCCCAUCACCCAUCCCUUUAAGAUUGAUCAGGGAACGAGUAUUCCCCAAGCCGUCUCAACUUUUGCAGACUUUAUUGAUAGAAAUGCUGGGGUUUUGAAAGAAAUCCUGAUCAAAUCCAUCUUCACUGCUUCGGAUGCAAAUGCCAUUUUAUCCUUCCCUAUCAGUCUUAUGGGAGGAAGGGAUAAAAUCAUAUGGAACUACACUAACAAUGAUAAGUUCUCUGUCAAGUUAGCAUAUCAUCUAGCUUUCGACGGCCCAAACCCCAACAUCAGGAGCAUAUCCAUCAUCCGGAAAGAAAUGCUGUUAAGUGGAGAGUCUUGUGGAAAAUGA